AUGAAGCUGGAUGGUACUCUGUUGACUAAACUGGAAAAGGGAAAGCUAUCUCUCGAAGAAAUAGAUAAGUUAGAGAAGAAAUGUUUCUUGAGCAAGUUUGAUUCUGAAGAUGCCUAUGAAUUAGGACAAUUCGUGAGAAGAGAAGUGGCAGAAACCUUUCCAAACAAAGCUGUUGCCAUCAAUAUAUCUUUGGUAAACGACCAUGUUCUCUAUCACACUGUUGUCGGUGUUGCCUCUAAUGACAAUGAUUACUGGAUCUCCAGAAAAAAGAAGACUGCCUUAAGAUUUGGCCAUUCCAGUUAUUAUAUGAGAAUUGCCAAGGGUGAUAAGACCCCACAAGAGAAGUUCUUCGUAGACCCUAAAGACUAUGCCUUCCAUGGUGGCGCUGUACCAAUCUUCUUGGAAAACAGUGACUACCCAAUUGCCAUCUUAACUGUUAGUGGAUUGAAGCAACACGAGGAUCACUUAUUUGCUGUGACAUCCAUUAUUGAAUAUGCUAACAAAUCGAGAGAAGCAACUUUGAAUUUGGAUUAA